AUGUCUCGCCGUACGCUAGGCGGCGGCGGCGGCGGCGGCGGCGGCGGCGGUGGGUUGCGCUCAUUCUUGUUUUUCUUUUGUCUUGUCCUCUUCUUCACACAUUCUUUAGCAGCAUCCCGUUCUCAUCAGAACCUCCAUCUCCAUCAUCGGCAAGUCGAGAAAUCCCGCUCUCUAUCCAACAGUACGCAGAAUCAAGAUGAACUUGUACUCCAAGCACUCGACGUCCUUCGACGUCGCAACAAGGCCCGCGUCACGCGCCCCGUGAUGAACAACUAUGAGCUUGCCGACUCGGGCGAGCUGGCCGCGAACGCUAUCCUCGCUUCACCUCUAGACCUCGAUGCAAAUAUGACCGGCAACUCUACCCGGCGCGCGCGUGCUGGGAGAAGCACCGAAGACGAGACGGAUGACGCCGCAUCUCCGUAUUCCAUCUCUCCCGAGCUGGCUGAGGCUGCUGCGCGCAUGGCCGAAGCCAGUCCUCAAGUGCCCAAGGGCAACCAUGAAGAGCUAGCCCGCGAGACCAUCGCGAAAUACCGCCACCGCAGGGUCAAUGACACAAACGCCCCCCCUCUGAAGCAAAGACCCUACGGACGGCUUGGGAGCUAUGGUGUGGGCCAGGGUUUCUCCCAGCUGCACUCCGACUCCAUGUCUAUACAGUCCCAGUUCGUAUCGAUGUCUGCAUCGUCAGAGACAUGGUGGAUGGCACAGCAGGAACAGCUCGGCUCGGCGCCGUUUGCGCCGGCGUCUGACUACAAGGUCUGGCGCAACGUCAAGGACUAUGGGGCGAAGGGCGACGGCAAAACAGACGAUACAGCUGCCAUUAACCUUGCCAUUUCCGACGGGCAAAGGUGCGGGCCCGAUUGCGGUACCAGCACCGUUGUCCCGGCCGUCGUCUACUUUCCCUCGGGGACGUACUUGGUUAGCUCGUCCAUCAUCCAAUACUACAACACACAGUUCCUAGGCGAUCCCAACAACGUCCCGACCAUCCUCGCGGCUUCGAGCUUUGUAGGCCUAGGUGUGAUCACCAGCUCGCCGUAUGUGUCUGAGAACGAGGGAUGGUACCUCAACACAGCCAAUUUCCUCCGCAGCAUCCGCAACUUCAAGAUUGACAUCAGGUUGACGGAUCCGCGCGCAUACAUUUGCGGGAUCCAUUGGCAGGUGUCGCAGGCAACUUCGCUUGAGAACAUUGAGUUUUAUAUGCAGUUCAACUCUGACAUUCCAGACAACACUCAACAGGGAAUAUACAUGGAGAAUGGCUCUGGUGGCUUCAUGGCCGAUCUGACCUUUGUCGGAGGCAACUUUGGUGCCUAUUUCGGCAAUCAACAAUUCACAACGGAUCACCUCGUGUUCGUCUACUGUUCCACGGCAGUUCAGGUUCAUUGGGACUGGGCGUGGGCCAUGCAUGACUUCAUCAUCGAAGGCUGCGGCAAAGGUCUCAGCAUUGUUGGGUGGGAUCCCAACGCGCAGACGGUAGGCUCUCUCGCAUUGGUAGACUCGAUCAUUGCCAACACGGAUAUUGCGGUUGAGUCGAGUCUACGCAGCGAGGACUCUACGAGCUUCCUUCUGCAGAAUAUAGCCCUUUACAACGUCAGGAUAGGUGUCUUGGACGUGCGGACCGGUGAGACUCUACUCGCUGGCAGUAAUAGCAAGACCAUCCCGGGCUGGGGAUACGGCCGAAUAGUGCGGGGAGACUCCGGGUCUACCUUUCAAGCUGGUAGCGAGGUUCCUGCCAUGCAGAGGGUCGAAUCCUUGACGGGCGAGGCUUAUGACAACCAGGAGCCUAACUUGUAUGCACGUCGAAGACCCAAGUACUACGACGAGCCGCUGAGCAACAUUAUGAACGUCAAGGCCCUGGGCGCCAAGGGUGAUGGCGUAACCGACGAUACGGCGGUGCUCAACUCCAUCUUGGCCGGUGCCGCCAACACUUCCAGCAUUGUACACUUUCCGCAUGGUGUCUAUAAGGUUACCGAUACGCUCCGGGUGCCUAUCGGUUCCCGCAUCAUUGGCCAGGCCUGGUCUCAGAUCAUGGGCACGGGUGUCAGGUUUGAGAAUGAAAAUGCGCCGCGUCCCGUAGUCCGCGUAGCUGAUCCGGGAGACGUUGGCAUCAUUGAAAUUCAGGAUAUGCUCUUCACCGUGUCCGGACCAACAGCUGGUGCCGUCGUUGUUCAGUGGAAUGCGCAAGAAGCGACGCAGGGCUCUGUAGCUAUGUGGGACUCGCAUAUCCGCGUCGGCGGUGCAAUUGGUUCGAAUCUCCGGGCAUCCAACUGUCCAAAGCAAGCUGGAGGAGCUAUCAAGCCUCAAUGUAAGGCAGCGUCUCUCAUGGUUCAUCUGACCAAGAGCUCGACAGCCUACCUUGAGAACGUCUGGGCCUGGGUCGCCGACCACGACUUGGAUACCUCCGAUAGGAAACAGGUCAACGUCUACGCCGGACGUGGUAUGCUAAUCGAAAGCCGCCUCGCUUACCUCUGGGGCACCUCCUCCGAGCACGCCACCAUGUAUCAGUACCAGCUCGCUGGCGCUAGGAACAUUCUCAUAUCUACCAUCCAGACGGAGACGCCCUACUUUCAGCCUAUGGGAAGCGACACCACCCUAGCGCCCUACCGCCCAGGCCUCUUCCCAGAAGACCCAUCCUUCGACCACUGCAAGGCUGGCGACCAAGCCUGUAGAAUGGCCUGGGGCGCGCGCAUUGUCGACUCGGAGACGGUGUACAUGCUUAGUGCAGGCGUGUACUCCUGGUUCAACAACUACGGCCAGUCCUGCUUGGACACUAUGGACUGCCAGAAACGGGCCUUUGAGGUUGAGCAAAGCUAUGAUGUGUGGCUCUACAACCUCUGCACGAAGGGCAUUGUCGAGCUCAUCUCGCCUCACAACGAUGAGCCCACCAUGGCAGCCGACAAUAAGAACGGAGAUCUGUCGUCGGUGCUCGCGUGGCUUCGCGGGGCUAGAGAGACGACCGGACCGCGCGACUUCCCUGGCUUCCGCAUCUAUGAGCCAGAAGAUGCGGAGUUCUUCCCCGCUAAUGAUGUCUGCAAGAUGGCGCUGACGGCGUUGGUCAAGUGUCAUGAGGAGGUGGACGAUUUCCAGAGCCUCCGCUACCGAGGACCCCUCGAGAACGCAACACUGACCGACCUCGUCUGCCAGCCCAGCUGCGGCGAAAGCCUGUCCAACUGGGUAUCUACCGUGCAGCGAGUUUGCGGCGCCGACGCCACCGGUGACGGUCCGCCCGUCCUCCACGGAGCGCGCGCGUACGCCGGAUGGAACGAAACGUGCCUGGUGGACAAGACCACGAAGCGAAUCUGCAACGACGUGAUUGACGACUUUACUCCUGUGAAUUCUAUCGAGAAGAUGCCGCGUGCGGAGCUCUGCUCCUUCUGUCACGUCGAACGACUGGCCAUGAUGCAGCGAACCCCUUACUCGUCAUACGACGACUUCUGGAAGAGUCAGCUCGAGUAUAUCUACUUGAACUGUGAUAUGUCCGGCGACACGGAGGUUCUGCUGCCUGACCUCGACCUCCCGGAAAGCGACCGCGACUCGACCUUUUGUCUCUCGGAGGAAUGGUAUACAACGAGCCGGGACGGUGAAUCCUGCGAAGAGAUUGCCUGGGCACACACGACGUCUUCUUCCGCACUGUUCAUGGCCAAUCAGGCCCGUAUCAUCUCUUGCGCCGCUGGUGAGUCGAUCCCCGCCGGUACUAAGCUCUGUAUGCCUCCCAGCUGCGGCACGACCUACAUGCUCCAGGACCACGACACAUGCGCCAGCAUCGAGCGCAACUCGUCGCUCUCACUGCAGCCUGGCGACGUCGCGCGAUACAACCCGUGGGUCGGAUUCGAAUGCGCCCUGCUGCAGAAUAUCAGCCUCUCUUACGGCACUGUACUCUGUCUUGGCCCGCUGCUUGGGGAUCACGAGCUUGAGAUCCCGGGUGGCAAGGAUACUACAAGACCUCCUGUUCAAGAUGGAUAUUCGGGUGUCAUUGUCCCUCCUCCGGAGGAUGCGGACAUUGCAGAGGGUACUACGCCGUACUGCGGCGCCUGGCAUGUUGCGUCGGCCGAAGACACAUGUGUCGCUGUGUGUAUGGAGCAUGCCAUCACUGCCGACCUCUUGUUGCAGGUUAAUCCGUCGCUUGGGCCUGAGUUGGAGGAGUGCUCGUCGAAACUGGAAGUGGGUGUGACCUAUUGUGUGGCGCCUUAUUAUGACUGGGAACAUUACGAUGACGAGGAGGAGGAGGAGGAGGGGAUUUGA